AUGAAAUUCUCACCAGUUGUUCAACCUGAUCUGUAUGCUGAAAUUCUGAAUAUGGGAAAUUCAGAAUAUCUCCAUUAUUUGAAACAACUGACGUUUGGACCGAUUCUACCCCCUCCUGGUUUCGAAGGGCUCUACCAACCUUCACCACCACCAGAGCCUCUUCCGAAGUUUCCACCAAGUCUACCAGCUCUUGCACCACUGCCACAAGAGGUUCCUGCUCCUCCACAGCCUCCUCUACAAAUGCCAAUCAACCCGUUCAUCCGUCCUGCUGUGGACUUUACUAGGUUUUUCAAUCAAACCUACUCAUCUUCAAGCUCAAACGGGUCAAUGCUCGAGGAAAGUGAGUCCAGUGACAACUCUGGACCUGGAUACACUCCUUCACCACCAGGAGGUUAUGACUCAGAUGAUUGCAUGAGCACUGGCUUCUCUGCUUGCUGA